UUUCUUUUUUUCUAUUCUUUUAUUCUUUUAUUUUUCUUUGGAUGACUUGAUCCAAUACUUGCUGGUCCAUUUGUUUGCGAGCGGAGAAGCAGAUCGGCUCGAAGACGCGCGUACUUUUAUCAGUCUUUGGGGGAAAACAAGAAUGACCAACAGAAACAACGGAAUUUUUGGACGCUCUCCAACCAAACGCUGACAGAUUCUACGUUGUCUAAUAAUUAUUAUUUUCACACUGGCAGUGACAGACUGACACGAUGCGAAAACUGGGCAGAGUAACCAUGAGCUUCCUGAAGCGACGUAUAAUGACCUCCAUCGUCUACUCCGAGAGGCGGAAGUUGUUCCUCGCUCUGGCUCUCGUCUCUGGCCUCCUCUUCCUCCUCCUCCACACAAUCAUCGGCAUCAGACUUUUCUCCAGGCCGGGCGGGAAUACCUUCACCUGGCAGGAAGCGGACUCCGUUCUGCUGGUGCCUAGGGAGAUCAGCAGUCUGGACCUGUUGAACACGAAGCUCAGAGACGCGGCCAACUCGUCGCGGGGCGCUGCUAUCGCGGACAUUUAUACGGACUACAAAAAUAUGGUCCAGAAUUUUGGGCACCGAAAAGCUUCGUACGACCGCCAGUACAGACAGUGGCCUGCUCAGGAUAGUGGCGCCACCACACGGGCUGCGGAGCUGGGAGGGGGCUCUCAGGGUGGGGUCAGCAAUGAGACGUUACAGACGGUUCUGGGUGGAACGACACCACAGCAACAACAACAACAGAAGCAGGCUACAGGGGCUUCAAAUAGUAACGGUCUUCCUUCUUGUGUGGAUCGGCAUGACAUUCUUG